UCCACACUUAGAAGUGUUGUCUAAUCUCGAAUGACUCCGUUCUUCUCGUCGCGCAUUAAUGACGUCAGCGCGACCGAUUUCAUCAUGGCGGCAGAGGGCUGCGAGGAGAUGAGCGGCAACGGGGAGCUUGAGGAGUCUCCAGCCAUGGAGCCUUCUGAUGUCCCAGCUUCGCAUCCUAUUGAGAUGGCUGAGAUGACAGAAGAAAAUGGCAGUGCUGUUCCCCAGCCCGAGGCUCCUGUGGUCCCCGACCCUGCUUCCUUCUCUGUGCCUCUAGGUGCAGAGGAUGAGGAGAGGGAACUCCCUGCUGACUUUGAACGUUUGUGGAAGACUGCUCACGACAAUCCUCAAGACUUCACCAGCUGGACAGAUCUGUUGCAAUAUUGCGAACAAGAGGGUCACAUCAUAGCCUCACGUCGAGCUCUUGGGGCCUUCCUUGCUCGCUAUCCUCUCUGCUAUGGCUACUGGAAGAAAUUUGCUGACCUGGAGCGCCGUGCAGGCUACAAUGACAAAGCAGAGGAGGUGUGUGUUCAGGGUCUGCAGGCAAUCCCCCUGAGUGUAGAUCUGUGGAUCCACUACAUCAACCUGCUGCUUGGAACUCUGGACAUGAACCUGCCUGAGUCACCCUUAAGGAUUCGCAGUGUGUUUGAGGAUGCAGUUUCAGCAGCGGGUCUGGACUUUAACUCAGACCGGCUCUGGGAUCUUUAUGUUGAAUGGGAGAAAGAGCAGGGGAACAUGAGGAACGCAGCUACUGUACUGGACAGAGUCCUCAAAGUCCCCACUCAGCUUUACAACACACACUACGAUAAAUUUAAAGAGCAUCUGAAUAGCCAUGAGCCCAAGGAGGUGCUCUCCCAAGAGGAAUAUGAGGAGCUGAGAGCACUGUGCCGCGAAAGCCAGAAGGCAGAGCGAGCUGAGCAGGCCCAAGAGGAGAAAGAGGAGAGGCCACCAGGUGAAGAAGAGCCUGCAACACCGGAGGGUACUGACACAGAGGAACUCAUGCAGAAGAUUAGGGAGCAAGUGCUAAUUCGCAGGGACAAAGUUUAUCAGGAAAAUGAGGGAGAAGUUCGCAACAGAUGGCACUUUGAAGAUUCGAUAAAGCGGCCAUACUUUCACGUCAAGCCCCUCGACCGUCUCCAGCUACGAGCCUGGCACUCCUAUCUGGACUGGGAGAUUACUCAGUUAAACAAGGACACCAGUGAUUCCAACCAAAAUCCAAACCAGGCAGCUACAGAGGAGUCAGAGGUCAUGGCCGAGUCUCCAGAACAAUCAGCAAAUGUUCAAGGUCCCUGUGACGAUUACAGGGUUCGCAUUCUAUUUGAACGCUGCCUAAUUGCCUGUGCACUGUAUGAGGAGGUUUGGACCAGGUAUGUUCAUUACCUGGAGCCACAGAAUGUGGAGGAAGCCCGAGCUGUUUACAAAAGAGCCUGUGAGAUUCAUCUGACGAACAAACCCAACAUUCACAUGCAGUGGGCCACGUUUGAGGAAAGACAUGGUGAUUUAUCUGAGGCGCGGCGCGUGUUAGAGGCCCUGGAAAAAACUCUGCCUGGGUUGGCAGUGGUUCGUCUUCGCAGGGCUGCUUUGGAAAGACGAGCAGGUCAGCUGGACCAGUCGGAGGCCCUGCUGCAGGAGGCGGUGGCUCAAUCCAAAGAGAAGCCUGUGUUACACGCUUUCUACUCCAUCAAACUGGCUCGUCUGUUGCUGAAACUGGGCAGAGACACCAGCAGAGCUCGUAGAGUUUUACAGGAGGCUCUGGAAAUUAGUCCGGAUAAUGAUAAAUUACACUUGAACCUGUUGGAGCUGGAAGUGUCAGGAGACCCCUGGUCCUCAGCUGAGGCAGUGCAGGAGUGUGUAACGCGAGCCCUGGCAGCGCCUCUUGCCCCACACACCAAGAUCAUCCUGUCGCAGAGGCACUUGCAGUUCACAGAGGACUUCAGUGACUCUAUUCAGAGUGUGCUGUCUGUCUAUGAAGAGCACCAGAAACUAAUGAAGGAGCUUGGUGGAACAAAAAGAGAAUCAGAGAACGGAGAUGAGGAUCCAGAGAAGCUGAGCAAAACUGAAGACAACUCUGCUGCGCAAGUUACCCCUACUAUGCCGCAUGUCCCCAUCACCACACCACCUCCUCCUAUCAUGGGUGCCGACAUGAAUGCACAAGCCGGUUAUGGGGGAUACAGUAGCUGGUACCAGCAGCCACAAUAUGGGAGCUAUGGCUACCAGAACACUUGGAAUUACAACCAGGGCUAUUACCCUCCCAGCUAAGGAGAGCAGCAGAAACUUUUGCGCAAACAGACCACUGGAAGCAGCUUGUCCCAGGAUGACAUGUCAGCUGAACAACAAACUGAUCAAUCAGGUUCUGCUGAUCUUGUUAGAAUAAAUCCAAGCCUCCUUUACUCACCGUCCUUUCUUUGAGGUACCUCACAGUCCUGGAUUUGUGAAUAAAACAGGCUGGAGUUGAGAUUUUCUAACAAGGCGUGUCGUUUCAGAGUGGAAAGGUGAUGGGAGGAAACAGCGAAGCCCAUUUUAAGAACGUUUCUGCAUUUUAAUCAAAUCUAUUUUUGUAUGGUUGCCAAUGCCCUUUGCUCAUCUAGUUUAUCCAAGGUAACUGUUGAUGUAUGAUUGACAUUUUUUGUACCAUUCCACACAAUAGGCUAUUUGUUGUUUUUCUAAUGUAUAUAAAGGUGUUUUAUAGUGUUGCAUCAAAUCUCUUCAGUGCUGUCUCUAUUUCUCCAUGGCCUUCAUUAACUGUGAAACUAAAUGUUUAAUCUUGUA